AUGAUGAGCCGACUCGAUGGCAUUCGACGUUCUUACCAAGCCUUGACGGAACGUCUCGCUGAUCCUGAUGUCAUCAAUGACUCCAAUUUACUCCGCCAGGUAAUGACCGAUCGAUCACAAAUCGAAGAAGUCGUCAUGGUAUUCGAAGAAUACGUCGCCUUGCAAGAAGAACUGAGUGGUGCUAAGGAACUGUUUCAGGACGCCGGAGACGAUCCGGAUAUGAAGGAAAUGGCGCGAGAUGAGAUGAAAGCUAUUGAACCACAACUAGACUCUUUGGAAGAGAAAAUUAAGGUUCUGCUGUUGCCGAAGGAUCCAAACGAUGCUCGUAACGUCAUGCUAGAGAUCCGGGCUGGUACUGGAGGUUCCGAAGCCAAUAUUUUUGCUGGUGAUUUGCUCGAUGUCUAUCGAAAGUAUAUUUCGACACAAGGAUGGCAAUCAAAUCUGAUAGAUUCUUCUUCUGGCGAUGAUGGCGGGUACAAAAAUGUCGUUUUGGAUAUCAAGGGCGAUAUGGUUUACAGUAAACUCAAAUGGGAAGCAGGAGUUCAUCGUGUUCAACGUGUACCAGCAACAGAAUCCCAAGGCCGUGUCCAUACGUCUACUGCUACGGUUGCUAUUAUGCCCGAAUGUGACGAAGUCGAUAUAAAGAUUGAUCCUAAGGAAAUCGAAAUGUCGACAAUGCGUUCCGGUGGUGCUGGAGGGCAGAACGUCAACAAGGUCGAGACGGCUGUCGAUUUGUUACACAAACCGACAGGCAUUCGUAUCAAGUGUACUCAGGAGCGAUCGCAGCUAAAGAACAAGGAGCUGGCUAUGAAAAUGCUUAUGGCAAAACUUUACGACAUGGAAAACGAGAAGCGGGAAAUGGAAGAACGAGCUCGACGAGGGUCCCAAGUUGGCACAGGAGGACGCAGUGAAAAGAUUCGAACCUACAACUGGAAGGAUUCCCGAUGCAGCGACCAUCGUCUCGGUCAGAACUUUCCGUUGGCACAGUUCUUGAGUGGCGACAUCGGUAGCAUGCAUGAUUCCAUGAUCGCAAAAGACCAAGAGGAGAGGCUGAAAGGGCUGAGCGAAGAAUCAUAG